ACCAAUUUUGUUUUAUUUUGAAUGGAAAUUUUGUAGCUUUAUUAUAUUUUUAUAGCUUUUUGUUUGUUAAAUAGUAGAGUAGAAUGUCUGAGAAACUGGCGAUCCAAUGCCUGUUUGGGAUGCAGUGCAGGGACUUUGCGAUUAUAGCGGCGGAUCAGAUGAACACCCAAAGCAUCCUGAUUAUGAAAGACGAUAUGGACAAACUGUACAAGAUAUCCGACAAUAUGGUGUUAGGACUUAACGGCGAUGUGGGAGACAUGAACCAGUUCAACCAGUUCAUCACCAGCAACCUGGGCUUGUAUAAGCUUAGAAACAACUACCAACUCGACACGCCCGCUGUGGCGCACUUCAUCAGGAAGAACUUGUCUGAUGUGCUCGGUGCAGGGAACCCUUACUAUCUGAACCUGUUGGUCGCGAGCUACGACGAGCAGUCAGGUCCGAAGUUGUACACGAUUGACUGGCUCGCGAGCUGCCACAAGAUGCAGUUCGCGGCGCACGGACUGGGCGGCAUAUUCGCUUUGAGCAUUAUGGACCGAUAUUAUAAUCUAGAUCUAACGGAAUCGGAAGCUCACAAAGUGAUGUUGAUGUGCGUGCGGGAGAUGCAACAGAGGCUGUUGAUUAAUUUGCCUAACUUCCGAGUAAAGACAGUCUCUAGGCUCGGCGUCAAAACACUGCCUGACAUCAAUUCGACGAUGUGGUCGCAAAAAGAAUAAACAUUAGAUUUCUAAAUUAUAUUUUACUAGCUGAUGCCCGCAGCU